AUGGAAGAUGACGAUGGAGCAUGCAACACAGGGCUGUCUCUUGGCCUGGGAAUAGGAGGGUAUGUGCCGAAGAAGAAGAAGCAGAUCAGAGAGAACAAUCAAGUGGCGGGUCGCUGGGACCUACCCUUUGAACUUGGUCCCAAAGGAGAAGAGACCCUUAAUACUAAGGAUCAUGAAGAACAUGGAUUGUUCAGAAUAAAGAGAAGGGGUCAUGAUGACGCCAACAACUGCAGAAAGAAACUGAGGCUCACAAAGGAUCAAUCUGAGUUGCUGGAAGAAAGCUUCAAGCUACAUACCACCCUUAACCCUGCUCAGAAGCAUUCUCUUGCGGAGAAAUUGAAUCUCAGACCUAGACAGGUCGAAGUUUGGUUUCAAAACAGAAGAGCAAGGACCAAGUUGAAGCAGACAGAGAUAGACUGCGAGUUCUUGAGGAAAUGCUGCGAGAAUCUGAGAGAAGAGAAUCGAAGGUUGAAGAAAGAGUUGCAGGAGUUACGUGCACAGAAGAUUGGGACGACGACGUCGCCGUUGUUCAUUCAACUCUCAAAGACGACGGCGACGGCGGCGACGACGUGUUCGUCAUGUCAGAAACCAUUCAAAGCGAGUGACGCAAAUAAUAAUAAUAACAAUAACAGUGGCAACCAUAAAUUGGAGAGAGUGGCCUUAGAUUGCUACGUGGGAUAAAUAUGGUGCCAUAUAGGUGUAGCGUUUUGGUGAAAUGCCAAGUUCCGUAACAAUUUGGGAUGU